UUUCAGCUAAUGAAGAUGAGGAUAAAGAUGAUGACUUUCGAGCUCCACUCUAUAAGAAUGUGGAAAUCAAAGGAAUCCAAGUACGGAUGAAAUGGUGUGCAACGUGUCAUUUUUAUCGGCCACCACGAUGCUCUCAUUGUAGUGUGUGUGACAAUUGUGUUGAGGAUUUUGAUCAUCAUUGUCCAUGGGUGAACAAUUGUAUCGGGCGAAGAAACUACCGCUACUUCUUCCUCUUCCUCCUCUCCCUUAGUACACACAUGAUUGGUGUUUUUAGUUUUGGACUGAUUUAUGUAUUAAAACAUAUUGAAGAGCUUGCUGCUCCACACACUGCCAUCACCAUGGCUGUUAUGUGUAUAGCAGGUCUUUUCUUCAUUCCUGUUGUAGGUCUUACAGGAUUUCAUAUGGUUUUAGUCGCCAGGGGACGGACAACAAAUGAGCAAGUAACUGGUAAAUUUCGAGGUGGUGUAAAUCCAUUCACCCGAGGAUGCUGUGGUAAUGUGGAAUACGUACUUUGUAGCCCUUUAGCUCCAAGGUAUGUGGUCGACUUUAAAAAGAAAGAGUUGGUAACAAUAAAAUCCCCUUUUGUCAGACUUCCAUUGUCUGAAAGACAAAUUGCAGUCAAGAUAAAUGACAAUGGAAUUCAAGACAAUCUGAAAAGGACCAAGAGCCCUCAACCGAGGGAAGAAAAGGAAACUUUCACAAGUUCAGGAGAUAAGAAAUCCAACCAAACACCAUUCAAAGUUCCCUCCAUAUGA